AUUUGGAAUGCACCAGAGUUAUCUGUGGAUUCGAGUUCAAUAAACGCUUUGGAUUCUACUAGGAAGGAUACAUCAUUACAGAGACACCUUCGACACCGACAUGGCUUCAGUCGACGAAUAUGCGCAUGAUAAGGAACCCAUGGUCAUUGAUCACGGAUCGUUUGAAAUACAAGCGGGGUUCGCCGAAGAAGACUGUCCUCGGACCGUCUUCCAAUCCAUCGUCGGAAGACCCCGGCACCAAGGGGUGUUAGAUGAUCUGACUACUAAGCUCAACUUUCGGGAUAGCUAUGUCGGGGAGGAGGCACAGAACAGGCGGGGAGUGCUUACCCUUACCUACCCGAUCGAACGAGGUAUCAUCACCAAAUGGGAUGAUAUGGAAGCCGUUUGGAGUCAUACAUUUUCUGAAAUAAAGUUCAACCCACAGGACGAGGGGGCUGUGCUGUCACAAAUACCCAACAAUCCAAAGCCAAACAAGGAGAAAACGGCCGAGAUAUUUUUUGAGAAGUUCCAAAGCCCUGGGAUCUGUCUAGCGAAUCAGGCUGCUCUUGCCCUCUUUUCUUUGGGUAAGACGUGCGGACUCAUCGUGGAUUCUGGACAUGGCGUCACCCAUGUAGUGCCGAUCCAUCCAGAGAAACCC